AUGCUCGACGAGCCACGUGAGGCGCAGUACCCGUCGUCGUCGGUUGUCCAUCGCUUCCCAUACCAGCGUCCGCCUUCCCCGAGUCCGCUCCUUCAUCGAGUCCGAGACGUCACCAAGCACCGCCACUCGGACGAUCUCGACGACACCACCAGCAGCAUCAUCAUGGGCACGAAAGGGUUCGAAGCCAUGGACAUCGAGAGCUCCAACGGCCUUGCGUCCAAGGCCGCCAAAGCUCUGUCGCCAGCCCGAACACGCAUGGGAGCCCUCGUCGUGGCCCUCAUUCUUGGUGUGCUCUUCGUCGUGUUGGUCGUGAGUUUUGCACAAACGUCGAGCAUUCGCGUGGAUUCGGACCUGCCGGCGUCCGUGGCCGCGCUCAUGAACGUGAACGCGUUGCCGUGCUCGGACUUUUACGAGUUUGCGUGCGGCGGGUGGCUGGCCAACACAUCGCUUCCGCCCGACCGCCCGUCGUUCUCGCGGUCAUUCUCCGGCAUUCAAGAUGCCAACGACGACUUGUUUCGCACGAUCCUCGCUGAAAAGUGGCCGCUCGUGUCCGAUUUGUACGACUCGUGCAUGAACACGAGUGUGCUCGACGCACUUGGCGCGGCCCCCCUUGGUCCAGAUCUCAAUGCGAUUCGAAGCACCAAGUCCAAACACGAGUUGCUCGCGCUGGUCGGCGCAUUGUCCAUGAAAAGCGGAAUGAACUUCUUGUUCCCGGCGUACAUUGACGUGGACGAGCAGCGUGGACACAAAAUGGUACUGCAUGUUGAACAAGGCGGGAUCACAUUGCCUGAUCGCGAGGAUUACGUCAACACGACGCGGUUCACCAAGCUCGACGCUCCGUAUCGAUCGAUGAUCACGUCAUUGAUGACGUUAGCCGGGUGGUCGGACGACACCGUUGCAGAUACUGUCGUCUCGUUUGAGACCGUCGUGGCCCAAGCCAUGCUGCCAAAGGCGGCGCUCCGCGACCCGAACGCCACGUACAACCCGACGACCAACAUCUCUGGCACGUACCCCAGCAUGUACGUGGCGCUCCGUGGCGCGAACAUUUCUCUGGAUGACACGACGCGCGUCAUCGUGGUCACCCCCGCCUUCUUCCGCGCCGCCGAGACGUUGCUGAGGCAAUCAUCGUUGCAAGCAUUGCAAUCAGUCGUCGCGUUUCAGUUCGUGCUGGCGUCGAGCGGGGGGCUCGCGGCGUCGUUUCGGAAUGCCACGUUUGCUUUCUUUGGCCAAACCAUCUACGGACUCCAGACGAUGCGGCCUCGGAGUCAGCAAUGCACAGACAAGGUCAACCACCAUCUCGGUGAACUCAUGGCUCGGUACUACAUCCAGAGAAAGUUCCACCCCGAGUCGUUGGAGAGUAUCCAAGACUUGGUGGACGACAUCCGCAGUACAUUUCGCAGUCGACUAGAAAGAAACCAUUGGAUGGACGACAGCACUCGCGCCACAGCCGUGUCGAAAUUGGACGCCAUGACACAACUCUUGGGGUACCCCACGACCCGAGACGACUACCCCGUGGUACUCACUCGCAGCGAUUACUUUGGCAAUAUCCAAACGCUAACGCAAUUGAACCACAUGCGCGCUGUCACAUUGCUGCACACGGAGGUGGACAAGACCAGGUGGAGCAUGCCCGCGCACGCUGUCAACGCGUAUUACAACCCGACGUUCAACCAGAUUGUGUUUCCAGCGGGCAUUUUGCAGCCGCCCUUCUUUGAUGUGGAUGCGGAUGCAGCGAUGAACUACGGCGCCAUUGGCAUGGUCAUUGGGUACCACCCCCUUUCUUAUCACAUAUGAAGUUGCAAGGAGGGGGGGUUCAAUGCAUAGAGUAGACACGAAAUCACCCACGGGUUCGACGACCAGGGCCGCAAUUUUAACGGCGACGGGCUGUUGCAACCGUGGUGGAGCGACAGCACGGCCGCGCAAUUCCAAGACAAGGCCAAGUGCAUCGUCGACCAAUAUGCAAACAUGCCAGUGUACGGCCACAAGGCGACGCUGCUGGGCAUGGUCAACGGUCAGCUGACGUUGGGCGAAACGAUCGCCGACGUGGGGGGCCUCGCGGUGGCGUUCCAGGCGUAUGCUGUCCGCAUGAAAAAGGCGGCGGUGAAUGGCAAGACCUAUGUGCGUCACAGCAACUGAUCGACACCUGCAUCUCAUGAACGGUAGUAGACAUCGAGCGACACAUUGGACCAGCUGUUCUUUUUGAGUUUUGCCCAGGCAUGGUGCCAAAAGAGUACCGACCAGCACCUUCAGGUAUCGCUGGAUGACGUCCACCCCCCGGCCAAGCAGCGAGUCCAUGGCGCCGUCAUGAACAACGACGACUUUGCUCGGGUAUUCAACUGUCCUGUUAACGCUCCAUUGAAUCCCGUCAAGAAAUGCCGAAUCUGGUAGCAGCAGCAGCUAGGGAUUCACAGGAAUAUAAUACUUCGAAGUAAUAACGAGAAUAUGCAUGGAAUGCGCAAUGCGAACGACAA